ACACAGGUGGCGCGGAAGUCAAAAUGGCGUCGGAAAGUGAACAGCUUGCCGAGGUCAGUGGAGAAAUCGUAUCAGAUAGAAACGAAGCACCAACAGUCAACUACAACUGGAAAAACGUCACGUCGGAGUUCAAAGAUGCAACGAAAGAGCUCAAGCUCGGCGAGCUGCUUCACGACGACAUGUUCACCCUCUUUGAAGCCAUGUCUGCCAUCGAGAUGAUGGAUCCGAAAAUGGAUGCUGGUAUGAUGUGCAACUUCGGCAAUAAGAAAGUGCUCAAUUUCGAUCAAGCGCUGUCAGCCCGCGAACUGAAGGUGGCCGAUCUGACGAACGAAGAAAUAAUCGGGAUCAUCGACUCAACCCUCGCCUGUCUAGUCACUUGGCUUGAAGGACACUCGCUCGUUCAAACCGUUUUCACCAAUCUGUACCUUCACAAGCCGCACAUGAUCGAAGACAAAGUUAUGAAAGCGUUCUCCAUAUGCACCCUGAAGGUGGUCGACAUUGUGAAAAAUUUUGUCAACCGCGCCGCCGUCUUCGAAGAGGAGGACUUUCAGCCGUUGCUCUACGGAUACAAACUUGACUGCGACAUCACCGACGUUCGCGCUACCGGCAUGAUGAAAGAGGUGGAGGAAGAACUGGCUCGGACCGUAAAGUACACCCGGACGAAACCCGGAGAACAAGCCGAAGCGAGUCAGCUAGUUCUGCAUGAGGAAGCCGUUGCUGUUCACUCGAGAAUAAAAUUUUGUCGUCUGUUCUAUCAAGCACUGAUCAUAUUUCAGAAGAAAGGUUGUUCUGGUCUGGAAGAAGUCGAACGUCUCCUCCAACAGUGUCUCGAGAUCAUACCAAUUAUCCGUCGUACUAUUUCGCUCGGUGCGCAGCCCGACCCCAAGGCCGAGGGGGCAAAUCAAGCGGAUUACCCGACGGUCAUGGGCUUCGAACCCCUCGUCAACCAGAGGCUCCUUCCGCCCACUUUCCCUCGGUACACCAAGAUAAGAUCGCGAGCCGACAUGACAGACUAUCUCGAAUCUCUGCUGGGAAGGUUACAUCACAUCUGCCGCAUUGUGGAGUGCACCUCGUUUCAUUCUGCCAUAGACUUCUUAACCGAAUUCAGCAAAACUUGGCCGUGCGUUCUGUCCAGAUCGAUCGUACAGAUGUUGUACCUGCCGUCCCCGGGAAAGGUCCUCGGCUCCCUCACCAUGGUGGACGUCCUGAAAGAAUCCGUCCGCGCCUUCAUCAAGCCACCCGUGCUGGCGCGAGGCACCACCCUCUCGAGCCACCAACAAGCCAAAGAGUUCGUGGACGCGUUUCUUGCACACUGCGUGCGACCGUUCACGUCUCUCAUUCACAUCUGCGGCCACAACCGGGCGCGCCAGCGCGACAAACUCACCCAUCUCCUCGAAGAGCUCGCGGUCCUUCAGGACGAAGCCGACAGGCUGGACACUGUGCUGCACAGCAUCUCGAGCAAGCUAGAGCCGACGCCGCAGUUUGCGUGCUUCACGACCUGGGUACUGCACCACGUCCUGAAGACCAUGAUCCAGUACCUCCUGUCCGGGUUCGAGCUGGAGCUGUACUCGACGCACGAGUACGGGUACAUCUUCUGGUACCUGUACGAGUUCCUCUACGGGUGGAUGAUCUCGGCACUGUCUCGCGCCGACACGUUCCUGAUGGAACAGGAGGCCCGAGCGGAACAGCUGAAAGGCGGGCGGAACAUAAAGAAGAACAAGCGCAAGAAGAAGACGUGCCCGCACAGCCGAGAGAUAUUUAUCAACCAGGCGCUGCAGAACCUGUGCGGAGGUUACUACAAGACAAUCACAGGCUUCCUCCUCGACGGGAAGCUCCGGUGUCCGAGGCCCGACUUCGACAAGGAACAGGUGCGGUACGAGCACCGGUUUGCGCCGUUCAACAGUAUUUUAACCCCUCCUCCCGUGCAGUACGCGCAGUACAAAGAAAUGACGGACCCUUAUAGGUACCAGCCGCCUCCGACCCCAGAGGACAUGUACCUGGGGGCGUGUAAGUGCUUCCAGCACGUCCGCAUCCUGUUGGAGAACGUGCCCGAGCUCAACGACGAGCUGACGUCGGUUGUGAAAGUGGCCAAGACCAACUUUGUCGUCGUCAAACUGCUUUUGAGUGGGCACAAGAAAAACUCGGCCAGCUAUCCAGAGUUUGAUUUUAGUCAGCACAAGAACUUCCCAAUUAUCCGAAUCUAAUCGGUGUUGCGGGCACGGGACACGUUGGGUUCAAGAUGUAAAGUAGAACUGAUGACGAAUGUUGUGUAAUAAAUGCUGCACAUAGUACGGUGGAAAGAAGGCAUCUCAAACUGUCCGUACAAAAUGGCUGCAUUCUUUCCAACUUA